AUGAAAGCAAAGUUGGUGUGUGCCUUGAGCCCUUUUUUCCUGUGCGACAUUCUCUUUUUCAUCCACAACAAGAAAGCCCCAUUUGGCUUGUUCAGGAUGAAGCCCAAUGCUGCGAACUGGGAUGCGGACCAGAUGGAGGUUUUCGUGAGACCGGAAAAUGCCAACUAUCAAGCGUUCGGGAGGCCGAAGAACGACCUGGUGCUCCGCGUCAUCGAGAACAAGGAUACGGAAAGGGCACAGGAGAGGAUCCCCGUGUGGUUCAUGCGCCAAGCCGGCCGCUAUCUGCCAGAGUACCGCGAAAUGAGAGCCAAGUACGACUUCAUCCAGAUGUGCCAGAAUCCACAUCUCUCCUCCGAAGUUACCAUCAUGCCUUUCAAGCGAUUUUCAUGUGACAUGUUAGUAAUCUUCUCCGACAUACUCAUCAUUUUUAUUGCCAUGGGCAUGCAUGUCCAAUUCGUUGAAAAUGUUGGGCCAAAAUUCGACAAAACUGUUAGCUCCUUUGAGGAAUUCCAAAAGCUAAUUCCCCCACUGGAACAAAUUAUAAAAAAUCUCCACUAUGUUUAUGAUUCCAUCAGUUUGACCAAGCAUAAAAUAAACAAUGCAGUUCCCCUUUUAGGAUUUGCGGGUUCACCAUUUACUCUCUUUACCUACCUUACCAAAAAUAAUAAGAAGACAUAUGAAGAUACCAUUCAAAUGAUAUACGAACGUCCAGGUGAUGUUCAUAACAUUUUGAAUAAGUUAAGUGAGGUGUGUGUAAGUCAUCUGAUCAACCAGAUUGACAGUGGAGCAAAUGUUAUACAACUCUUCGAAAGCAAUGCAGAUAUUAUAGAUACAAAUUUAUUUUGUGAUUUCAGUUUGUUUUAUUUAAAAAAGGUUAUCAACAUGGUGAAGAAAUUACGACCUCAUGCAUUCAUCAUUUUAUUUCUCAAGGAAAAUUUCCAUCCAGAUGUGAAAGAUCUGAACAUCGAUGUACUCUCCAUUACACAUAAACAACUAGCUGCUAAUACAUCAACUUUUUACUACAACUUAUUUGACGGGAAAAUUAUUCUGCAAGGAGCUUUGGAUCCACACAUAAUGCUCGUAAAUGAUGAAAACCUCGUGUCCAAGUAUACAUGCCAGAUGGUUAGUCAAAUAAGGCACACAAACAAGUACAUUGCAAACUUAGGACACGGGAUGCUACCCGGUUCAAAAAUAGAAAACGUGCAGGCCUUUAUCGACACCGUGGGGGGGUACUUCCCUGCGUAG